AUGCGACGACUCGUCGACCAGACUAUCAAACAUUUCGGUAAACUUGAUAUUCUGGUCAAUAACGCCGGCGCCGGGAGUUCGGGUCCCAUCGCCGACAAAAAUUAUUACGAGAUCUAUCAAAAGCAAAUGGAUAUAAACCUUAAUUCUGUGGUCUAUUUAACCCACAUUUGUGUCGAGCAUUUGGAGAAGACAAAGGGGAAUAUUGUCAACAUAUCGAGCAUGGGUGGUUUAAGAGCUUGUGCUCUCGAUAUGUUUACCCGAUGUAUGGCAGCCGAGUUGGGACCCAAACGCAUCCGGGUUAAUGUUAUC